AUGAAAGACGUUUCAAGCUUUUCUGGGGCUCAACACAAAACUUCUCCUUUCAAAAAUAACCGCAUUAAUUCAAUACCGGGCAACUCACAUUUCUACAUGAACCCUCUCGACAGUUCUCUUUCUGAAGAGGAGAAAGACGAUCUGCAAAUCCUUAUUCCCAAAUUAAAUUUAAGGGAAAGCACAGAAUCAAAGCCUCCCAGCAAUUCCAUGGGCCCCAUUUCUUCAUCUGAAAUCACUUCAGUUUCGCAAGAUGAGUUAUUGAACUCGAUGCUUCAAAAAAAUAAGGAACUCAAAUCUGCUCUCGAUAAAAUAACAGAAGAGAAAAAACAAUCUUGA